CGGCCUGAGUUUACUGGAUGAAGAUUAGAGCGGGCGGGCGGGCAAGCGCUGCUGCUGCUGCUGCUACUACACCGCUGCUGCCGAGUCCGGAGCCGGAGCGGAGCCGGCGCUCGCCCUUCCCUUCCCUUCUCGCCGACCCGAUUCGCUUGACAUAGAGCCGCAGUGCGCCUGCGCCGGAGCGCCGCCAUUUUGGCCGUGCUGAUAGUCUGAUGUUGUAAGGGAAGGCUAAGCCGAGGCCGAGCAGCGUGUCGUGAAAUGGCCAAUAUCGCAGUCCAGAGGAUUAAACGAGAGUUCAAGGAGGUCUUGAAGAGCGAAGAGACCAGCAAGAAUCAAAUAAAAGUAGAACUCGUAGAUGAAAACUUUACAGAAUUGAGAGGGGAGAUUGCAGGGCCUCCUGAUACACCGUAUGAAGGAGGGCGAUAUCAACUAGAAAUUAAAAUCCCAGAAACGUAUCCAUUUAAUCCACCAAAGGUUCGGUUUAUCACAAAAAUUUGGCAUCCAAAUAUUAGUUCAGUAACAGGAGCCAUUUGUUUGGAUAUUCUGAAAGAUCAGUGGGCUGCUGCUAUGACUCUACGGACAGUUUUAUUAUCGUUACAAGCCUUACUGGCAGCGGCUGAACCAGAUGACCCACAGGAUGCAGUAGUUGCACAACAGUACAAGCAAAAUCCAGAGAUGUUCAAACAGACAGCAAGACUCUGGGCACACGUGUACGCUGGAGCACCGGUACCUAGCCCUGAGUAUACUAGAAAAGUAGACAAAUUGUGUGCUAUGGGCUUUGAUAAAAAUGCAGUAAUAGUGGCCUUGUCUUCACAAUCCUGGGACGUGGAAUGUGCAACAGAACGACUGCUCAGUAACUGAGGAAUUUGGGAUUACUUCUGUAGCCAGAUGUCCAUUCAUUGACAAACACCUCUGCCCUUUGUUCUUACUGGGUUCUGCAUAGAUUCCAUUUUAAACAUCACUGUAAUACGUGAUAAUCGCUUUAAACAAGACUGGAUUCGAUGCUCUGUAAAUAAAGCUCUCAAAAGAUCUGUGUAAAUUAAAACAAAGGGGAAACGUGAAA